CCUGUUUGCACCAGAACGGCUAGUGCUGCAAAAUCGGCUCGUUUUUAAAGUCACAGGCACCACGUUCAUUUGGACAAGCACUGUGAAAUUAAUGUCACUUUGUGUGAUAGGAAUCUCGACACUAUCCAGUGGAUUUGCUGCCAAACUAUGGAUCCCAGUGAGCUUCCAGGGUCUCUAAACCCCUUCCAGCUUGCAGAUGAGGCCUUGAGGAAUGACUUGCUGACCAUGCCCACCAGCAUGGAGGUCCCCAGCAGCGCCUUGCUGGGGCUGGAGGAGUACAGCGCUGCCACGCCCACUCUGACUCAGUCCGAGAGGGUCAGGCAGAAGACACAGGACAGCUUGAGCAUCUUGGAGAACCCGGACUCCUUGGAACUGUCCAAGACCCAGGUGGAGGAGUUCUACAGCAAAGUGUUCCCAGAGCCGUCUGGAUCGGCGGGCCCCUGGCCUGCAGAUGUGCCUAAAAGCGGGGAAGCCGAGGCAGUGAUGCCAAAGGAGGCUGGGGAUGUAGAGAUGGAGGAGGAGGAGGAGGAGGUUGAGGAUUUGGUAGGGAAGGAGUCGAGGAAUGACUUUGGCAGCUCGGAGGAGGCACCACAGCCACAAACGGAAGGGGAGCAGACAAAAAGUACACUGGUAGUGAAGCCCGAAUUGAAAGCUGAAAGUAGCACUCUAAGCCCACCCUCAUCGUUAUCCCUGGCUGUAUCUAACCAAGAGGUGCCUUUGGUAGGUGAGAAAGAGAUUUACUCCAAAGAGCUUGAUGCUGAGCAGGGGGAGAUCAAGACUGAGCAGGGGGAGAUCAAGACUGAGCAGGGGGAGAUCAAGACUGAGCAGGGGGAGACCAAGCUUGCAGAAGUUGCCUCUUCAGCAGAAUGCCAUAUCUCUGCUGUAGAGAGCCUGGUGCAGAUAAAAAAUGAGUGUAAAGCUGAAGGUGAUACAGCAGCAGAGGGCAGCAAAAGCCAACAAGCCAGUAGGGCCAAAUCGGAAGAAAAGGCAGAGGCACCACCAGCAGCUGCUAAAGAUCAGACACGGGGGAAUCCGGCAGCCUCGAGCCCAGAAGAAAAAAUUACUGAUGCUUCAGGGGAAAAGCCCAAAGGCAGGAUGGAAAUGAGAAGAACUGAACGCCUUAGGAGAAUCGAAUCCCGGGGAUCGACAGGACUUUCAGACAGUGCUCAGUUAUCUGAUGACGACUCUGACGCCAUGGUGGAUGAUCCCAACGAUGAGGACUUCGUCCCGUGCAGCACCCUGCGACGCUCCAGUCGGAUGUCUCUGCGCAACCAGAAGCCUCACACGCCAGCUAUUGCUGCAGUCCCUCCCGGUGCACUCAGCCGGCCGAGGAGCACACCCCACAGCGCGCCACCGAGCACACCCCACAGCGCGCCACCGAGCACACCCCACAGCGCGCCACCGAGCACACCCCACAGCGCGCCACCGAGCACACCCCACAGCGCGCCACCGAGCACACCCCACAGCGCGCCACCGAGCACACCCCACAGCGCGCCGCCACGCUCACUCACCAAAAUGUACUGCGCAAACUGCAGGACCCCACUGCAGAAGGGGCAGACUGCCUACCAAAGGAAAGGGAUGCCCCAGCUCUUCUGCUCUUCCAUCUGCCUCUCUGCCUUCUCCAAGAAACCGCCAAGGAAGAAGCCUUGCGUGUUCUGCAAAAAGGACAUUUGGACUACAAAAGAUUCCGUUGUCGCCCAGACGGGACCAGGAAACUCUUUCCAGGAGUUCUGUAAUAAAACUUGCCUUUCACUUUACGAAGCCCAGUUACAAAAGGCGGCUGUUCCGACAGCUGAUUCUACUGCCCCAAAAUGUAGCAUCUGCCACAAAGCAGGAGAGAUCCAGCAUGAAGUGAGCAGUGGCAAUAUGGUCCACCGUCUUUGCAGUGACACCUGCUUUACCAAGUUCAGAGCCACAAAGGGGCUGAAAACAAACUGCUGUGAUAACUGUGGGGUGUACAUCUACAACAAAGGGCUUCCUCUUGAGUACCUCUUUCACGAGGGACAGCAGAAGAGGUUCUGCAACUCUGCCUGCUUAGCCAUGUACAAAAAGAAAAACACCAAAGUGUACCCGUGCAUGUGGUGCAAGACUCUGUGCAAGAACUUCGACAUGCUCUCGAGUGUGGGCCGCAAUGGCAAGAUGGGACUCUUCUGUUCUGUGUGCUGCAUCACGUCUCACAAAGUCAAGAACGCAGGGCCCACAGUUCCUCCCAAGCCGUGCAGCUUCUGCAGGCGCAGUCUGUCAGACCCAGGGUAUUACAACAAGACCGACAGGGUGGUCAGUCAGUUUUGCAGUCCCAGCUGCUGGACUAAAUUUCAGCAAUCCAGCCCCGAAGGUGAUAUUCAUUUAAACUGCCACUCCUGUCACAAUCUAUUCAGCGGCAAGCCUGAAGUACUGGACUGGCAGAACACCAUCUACCAAUUCUGCUGUAAAGAAUGCUGUGAGGAUUACAAGAGGCUGCACGGGGUGGUGUCAGUCUGCGAGCACUGCAAACAGGAGAAGCUGCUACACGAAAAGAUCAAGUUUUCAGGAGUGGAAAAAAAUUUCUGCAGUGAAGGCUGCAUAUUGCUGUACAAGCAGGACUUCACUAAGAACCUGGGCCUGUGUUGCAUUACUUGUACAUACUGCUCCCAGACAUGCAAAAGAGCUGUAACAGAAGAUCUGGAUGGCAACACCUGGGAUUUCUGCAGUGAGGAAUGCAAAACCAAGUACCUGCUCUGGUACUUUAAGGGAGCCAGAUGCCAUGGCUGCAGACGGCAAGGGAAGCUUUUGGAAACCAUACACUGGCGUGGGGAGAUCAAACACUACUGUAACCAGCAAUGCCUCCUGCGGUUCUACAGCCAGCAGAACCAGCCCAACCUGGACACUCAGAAGGGGCCGGAGAGCUUGCUAAACAAACAUACGCAAGAGUCGAAACCAUCAGCCACUGCUGCUAAGAAAUUUGAACCUGCUGAGAAGACACAAGCAGCCGAGCUCCCCCCCUCCCUGUCUCCUCCCCCCUUACCCACCACCCGCAAGAACAAGGCUGCCAUGUGCAAGCCACUGAUGCAGGACCAAGAGGUGUCCUGCAGACCCGAGAUGAUGUCAAUAGGUUGCCAGACAGAGGAAAACUGGAAACCACAGACGGUUGUCAUCCCCAUCCCAGUCCCUGUCUUUGUGCCUAUGCCUAUGCAUAUGUACUGUCAGCAAGCACCAGUGCCUUUCAUCAUGCCGAUCCCAGUCCCAGUUCCUAUGUUUCUUCCAACCACCCUGGAGAGUGCUGAUAAGAUCGUGGAAACGAUUGAGGAGCUGAAAGUGAAGAUCCCAUCCAACCCGCUCGAGGCAGACCUUCUUGCCAUGGCGGAGAUGAUUGCAGAGGCCGAGGAGAUGGAUAAAGCAUCCUCCGAUCUCUGUGAUCUCGCCAGCAAUCAGAGUGCAGAGGGCUUGCUGGAAGACUGCGAUUUGUUUGGACCAGCCCGAGACGAUGUUCUGGCGAUGGCAGUCAAAAUGGCAAACGUUUUGGAUGAGCCGGUUCAGGACUUAGAAGCAGAUUUUCCUAAAAACCCCUUAGAUCCCAGCGUUGACUUCCUUUUCGACUGUGGACUCGUGACCACCGAUGACGAUCAUACAGAACAUGAGCUUCCCAGAGUUGUAAGAAAGGGCCAGAAACGGAUACUGCUGUCAGAGAGCUGCUCCCGAGACUCGAUGAGCAGCCAUUCGGGAUGCACGGGGUUAAAUUAUUCCUACGGAGUGAGCGCCUGGAAGUACUGGGCUCAGACCAAGCAUUCCGGCAAUGAGGGCGGAAAAAACGAAGAGCUACGAUUUGGCCCUAAACCAAUGAUGAUAAAAGAGGAUAUCCUUACUUCCACUGCUGCCGAACUGAACUAUGGACUGGCACAGUUUGUGAAGGAAAUCUCUCGACCGAAUGGGGAAAGAUACGAUCCAGACAGCAUUUACUACCUGUGCCUUGGAAUACAGCAGUACCUUCUGGAGAACAAUCGAAUGGUCAACAUCUUCACGGAUUUGUUCUAUCUGACUUUUGUACAAGAACUUAACAAGAUGUUAAAGGGCUGGCAGCCUGCGAUAUCCCCGACUGGUACGAUCCUCUCUCGGGUGGAGGAGGAGCAUCUGUGGGACUGCAAGCAGCUGGGGGUGUACUCUCCCUUCGUCCUGCUCAACACCCUGAUGUUCUUCAACACCAAGUACUUCGGCAUGAGGACGGUGGAGGAGCACCUGCAGCUGUCCUUCACCAACGUGGUGCGUCAGUCCAGGAAGUGCUCCAUGCCCAGGGGCGUGGGCAAGGUAGUCAGCAUCCGCUACUGGCCGUCUGUGCGCAGCAAGAAAGGCAGAGAAAGCAGCCUGGGAAAGAGGAAACGGGAGGAAGAAGGAACAAUUCUGGAGCAGCUGGAAAACAGGCUGAACCCGCUGAGAUGUCCAGUGAAGUUUUUUGAGUUCUACCUGUCGAAAUGCCCGGAGAACAUGAGGAGCAGGAACGACGUGUUCUAUCUGCAGCCGGAGCGCUCGUGCAUCGCGGAGAGCCCUCUGUGGUACUCCGUCAUCCCCAUGGACAGGAGCAUGCUGGAGAGCAUGCUGAACAGGAUCCUGGCGGUGAAGGAAAUCUACGAUGACCACCACGCCGGGGAGGAGCUAGAGGAUGACAUCGCUUGAGGGGCUCCUCUUUUAAUGUACUUCAGGACCUGUAAAUACCCAGGAGACCAGUGUUUGGUGAAACAGCAUUGCUGCACUUCGCUUGUUUGGCAAGUCAUAGUUUAGUAACUAGCGUUGGGAAUUGUACAGCGUGCGAUCCAAAGUAUUAAUAAGGUUUAAGGGACUCCUUGUUCAUCUUGUGCCAUGUUAUCCCAGUGUGUUUCACUGACCUCCCACCAAUGCUGUUGGUGAGCUUAUGUCCGUUUUCUUUUUCUGUCCUGUCUAGCUCAACCAGUCCCCUAACAAAUUACUCCUUUUAUUUUGAACACUAGCUGUGUAAUAAUUUGGAAUUAACGGACUGGAUUCUUACAGGACCUAAAGGAAUGUCCCUGUUAAAAUCAAUGCAAUCCCAAACUUCACAACCUGUAUGCUUUUGUAGUGCAGAGUUUAUAAAGCACUUCCAUGAGAUCUUAAUAUACUGUAUACUAAAUAUAUGGUUGGACAGUCUUUCCAGAGCCACUGAAGGCUUAUGUGAAAAGCAUUGUGACAAAUUGAAUUGGUGCGUAAAAGGGAGGAGUGGCCAGCCCCUUGAACUUCCCUUAUUGGCUGCCAGGUAACUCAUCACUGUUGAGGUCAACAAUGAGGUGGGUGGAGCUUGUGUUCGACCACCAAAGCCUUCCACAGCACAGUCUCUCCUCUAACCACUGAGCUAUACCUUUCACUUCAUAUGUUAACUGUCAAACACAAGUCUUCUGAAAUGCUUGAAGCGGUCAUAAAGCGGUUUAUAAGCUGUUUUAAAGUUUGAGAAAGCUACAGUGUCACAUUGCAAAUGUUGGCAAUGUCCAACUGUGUUCUGUUCUUUAUUCUUCUGUUGGUCUUUGUAAAGCUGCAAAGUUUAUUAACAUGUUUUUUUUUUGGUUCUGUUUUGGCAUUGUUUAAUUUGGGAAAUGUACAGUUUCAUGAAAUAUUACAUUUGUACUAAACAAGGAAAAAUGACAAAAACAUGGAAAGUUACUGCUCCACAAGUUUGGUAGUGGAGCUCAAUUGAAUUAUUCUAUUUAUUCUUUUACAUUUCUUCAUUAUCCUAUAGUGUUUCCAUAGUAAUAUAAAUAUAUAUACUGUACAUAUAAUUUUUGUUAUUUUUAAAUCAGAAAUUUGAGAAUUUGGUAAAUACAGAAAUUUGACAUUCAGAAUGUCAAAGGAAUCGGUCCACAGAUAACAAUGCGUUGAGAUCAUAUGAAGUGAACUGCUCCUUGCUUCAUCACCAUACAGCCUGUCUUCCUCUUGCUCUUACUGUGGUACACAUUGAAGCUGAACACUAAGUGCCACACCUCAAUGUCUUGGAGCAGCACAGACACAGGAGCUGAAACACCUGCGCUACGUAGAAAACACGUCUCUUUCCUCCUUUAUUUAUUUUUUAAUACAGUAAUUUAUAAUGUAAGUGGCGUCCCUGACAAGCGUGCUUUCGUAUGUAAUAUCUGAAACUCUAAUCAAAGUCAAAAACAGCGACUCUGUUGAAGGAGGCAGUGAUAGCCAUAACACUUGAGUGGAUUGCUCUCCUGGCUGCCCAUUGUGGCCAUACACCCCAGCCAGUGUGAGUCACCUCUUCACCCUGUGUGUGUUAUACAGUAGUUUGGCCAACUAGCACAAUAUUUAGAAAAGCAGAAUGUUUUGUGACUGGUACAUGGUUUAUAAUUCUCAGACAGCACAGUUCAGCGUUUAUCCCCCUAUAGUUUACUGGAGUAUGCCUUAACUUCUGUGUACAUCUGGAUCCUGCUUCCUUCAGAGUGAGAAAAGCCGCUGGAGAGCAGCACUUCCUGUGAUGUUAAAGUGUGGGGGUGAUGGUGCGGGGUACACUCAUGCAGCCGUAUUUAUAGUUACUGUGCUAAAGACCACACAGGUUUGGAAACAUGCUGUUAGCGUUCUAUUCUUGUGACUUGCAUACAUGUUCAUUUGCUGUAGCUGAUUUUAGUUUGUUUGAGGGUGUUUUGUUAAAGGGCGAAAGUGCUCUAUGUUAGAGAUGAGGGGUGCCUUCAAAUGACAGAGUGGGGUUUAUUGUGGAUUUAAAACUAUUGAAAUCGCAGUGCAACAAUUCCUGGCUUUUUAAAAACAUUUUAAUUUGGUAAAGUCAACAAAAAAUGAUCCACAAAAUGUGCAACGUUUCUAUAUCCAUGUUGGAAAUACUAGUUACAGAGGAUUGGUUAGAUUUAGGGGGAUGAAAACCUGUGCUGGUGGCACUUGGCCAAGAGUAAAGGAGCAAUAGGUCUGGCAGGAUAAUAUCUUGACAGGGAGGCAGGUACUGCAUACUCUCUUACUACAAUUAACUGUAGCGAAUGCAUUUACGCCAUUCAAAAAAUUGCUGUGACAUCAGUUAAACACAAAACAAGAACACGGUUUUACACAAUUUACAUUGUUUACAAUUGUUGGAGUACAGAAAGUAGUCAACGCAAGUAACCGUAAAUUAAACUUUUUUUAAUAAUAUUGUUCUUAAAGUUUGACAUUCAUGUUGGCAGACACACAGGGCCAGGGGAAGCACUGGAGUAGUGAGAGUGCUUGGUGAAUUGAGACAGAACAUGGUUUAGGAACUGCAGAAUGGAAAGUAACGCAGUGUGCAUUCUGUAAGAAGCUGGAGUCUGUUUGCGGUGCUAACACUGUAAGCCCAAGUUUAGAAUGUGGUUCAGUCUUCUGUUCUGCCAAUGCAUCUGUUCAGCUACUGUGAUGAUAUAGUGGAGACACGUGCAUCCUGUGACUAUUAAAUAAGGAAUUUCAUCAGAACCACGUGUGUACAUACUGUACUGCCCUGUAAUGUGUAGAUGACAUGUUGCACUCUCGCAGGCAAUACACUUUGCAAUGAACAUAUGUAAUCUAAGUGAAGGGAGAGCAACUGAUCUUGUUGUACUUUUACUAUUAAAUUAAAGUUGAAGUAACUUGGUACCUGCUUUGAACUGGUAUGAUUUUUUUUUUUUCUCUUUCUGAGAGUUUAUUUUCUUUUAAUGUUGCACAAAUAUAAAUUUAAUCACCAUUUUUGCAUUGAAAGUCUAUUAUUAUUGUUUAUUAUAUAAUAUAUAUUUGUUACAAAUUCAAAGCAGUCAGUCUAUGGAUCUCUUUUGAAACGUGUACUGUAGGUUUGUUUGUGACUGUGAAUUUGGUGAUUGUUUUCAUCGGACGAGAAGGUUGAUUCUGUAAAAACAAACGUUUAAUUUGCAUUUCUUAGGCACAGUUCUGUGCUUAAAACUCCAUAAUAGCAUUGUCAACUGUCUUGGCUCUUGACAUGUUUAGUAACUGUUUCGUGUACAUUUCUGUCUGCCAUCUCCUGCAGUGAAAAGAAUUGUUACAGCUACUAGCCACGUGUCUAUAGAACCUAACAAUGAAUAAUAAAGUUCUGUUGCUUUA